AUGACAUUAUAUAGGCUUCUCGCUUUCCUCCUGCUGUUUCUCCAACUUCACUUUCAAGGCAUCCUCUGUGAUGACAAAGAUGCCCUCCUUUCAUUCAAAUCCCAAGUCACUGAUCCAAAGAAUUCUCUCUCUGGCUGGAAUUCUAAUUCCUCCAUCUGCUCUUGGUAUGGACUCUCCUGCACCAGAAACACUAACAGAGUUCAAUCUCUCAGUCUACCAGGAUUAGGCCUUUCUGGUAAUCUACCCUCUUCCCUCUCCAAUCUUACUCAUUUACAAUCACUUGAUCUUUCCAGUAAUGCAUUCCAGGGCCGUCUUCCUUUGGAGCUCUCGAAUCUCUCUCUUCUUAAUACCAUCAAUUUAGCUGCCAACAAUCUCAUUGGUACCCUUCCUUGGCAAUUAUCCCUUCUAAACCAGCUUCAAGUUCUGGACUUCUCUUCGAAUAAUUUCACUGGUCAAAUCCCUCCUGAAUUUGGAAACUUUUCUUCUCUCAAAAACCUUUCCUUGGCAAGAAACCAUCUUUCUGGGGAGAUUCCCAGUGAUUUAGGAAAUCUUCGUAAUCUUUCUCAUCUUCAACUCUCUCAGAACUAUUUCUCUGGGGACUUUCCCAUUACUAUCUUCAACAUCUCUUCGUUAACCUUUUUAUCUGUAACACAAAAUCACUUUUCAGGAAAAUUACCACAAGAUAUUGGCGAUUCUCUCCCUAAUCUCCGAAGUCUCUAUUUAGCUGACAAUAUGUUUGGUGGUGUGAUUCCUGAUUCCAUAUCCAAUGCUUCACAUAUCCAAGACCUCGAUCUUUCUCACAAUCAAUUCCAUGGAUACCUUCCCCUGUUCAGCAACAUGAGAAAUCUCACCUGGCUAAUUCUCAGUAACAACCAUCUCUCUUCCAGAACAUCAAAUAAUUCUGAUUUCUUUGAUUACCUUAUACAUAGCCCAAAGUUGAAAAUUCUGAUGAUCGACUCUAAUCAGUUAGCAGGGGAGCUUCCAAGAUCUAUAGCAAAUCUUUCAACCACUCUAGAACAAUUUUGUGUAUCUAAUAACUUUUUCAGUGGAAGUAUCCCUCAAGGUAUAGGAAAAUUUCAAAACCUCGUGUCCCUAUCUUUUGAAAAUAAUCAUUUCACUGGGGAGAAACCAAGAGACAUAGGAGCAUUGAAUAAACUGGUGCAACUUCUUGCAUACAAAAACAAGUUUUCAGGAGAAAUCCCAGACAUGUUUGGGAAUUUCACUCAACUAUCAAUGCUUGCAUUGCAUAAUAACAAGUUGUUUGGCAGAAUUCCCUCCAGCAUUGGACAAUGCGAAAGGUUGAACUAUUUGAACCUUCAAAUGAAUAACCUUCAUGGGACCAUACCAGAGGGUAUUUUUAGGCUUUCUAGUUUAACCACAUUGUCCUUAGCUGGGAAUACCCUGCAUGGGUUCCUCCCUUCUAAAGUGAGCUCCAUGGAGCAACUUCAGUUCUUGGACAUGUCUAAUAAUCUAAUGACCGGAUAUAUUCCCGAAGAAAUAGAUGGCUGCACAAGCUUGCGGAUGCUUCAAUUGGCAAGAAACAAAUUUAGUGGUCCAGUACCAAGUACUUUGGGGAAUCUAACGUCAUUGGAAACGUUGGAUUUAUCUUCAAACAACCUCUCAGGUCCCAUCCCUUCAACUUUGGAAAAGCUUCGGUAUAUGGUGAAGUUGAAUUUGUCUUUCAACCAUUUGGAAGGGGAAGUUCCCGUGGAAGGUGUUUUUACCAACCUUACCCAGGUUACUCUCCUAGAAAACAGCAACCUUUGCAGUCCUAACAAAGAAGUUGCGGAAAGAUUAAGAAUCAUUGCAUGUGUCAAAGGUAAAAGGCACAGAUUCUUACUCCCUCUCAUACUUGCAGUAACAGUUGCUUCUAUUUUUUGCAUUUCCAUCUGCUUAGUGUGGGUGAAAUGGUUCCGAAAGAAGGAAAAGAAGAAUGAUAAAACAAGUUUGUCGAUUUCUCCUCUCAAGGGAGCUCCUCAAAAUAUAUCGUUCUCUGAUAUUCGAGCUGCCACAAAAAAUUUCGCAUCCGAAAACUUGAUAGGAAAUGGUGGAUUUGGCUUUGUCUACAAGGGUGUGUUCAGCAUCGACCAAUGUGAAACUACUCUCGCCGUGAAAGUGCUCGACUUGAAACAAAGCAAGGCUUCUCAAAGUUUCAGUGCAGAGUGUGAAGCCUUGAAGAACGUUAGGCACAGGAACCUCGUGAAGCUCGUCACUUCUUGCUCUAGUAUUGAUUAUAAAGGUGAUGACUUCAAAGCCUUGGUUAUGCAAUUCAUGACCAACGGUAAUUUGGACACAUGGCUGUAUCCAGUGGACGAAGAAUCAGGGUCCUCCUUGAGCUUCUUGCAGAGAUUGAAUAUUGCUAUAGACAUUGCUAACGCAAUGGACUAUUUACACCAUGACUGUAACCCACCAGUAGUCCAUUGCGAUCUAAAACCUGGUAAUGUCUUGUUAGAUGAAAAUAUGGUGGGCCAUGUAGGAGAUUUUGGCCUGGCAAGGCUUCUUUCCCAGGAUUUAUUAGAGUCCGUCACCCUAGGACUGAAGGGUACCAUCGGCUACAUUCCCCCAGAAUAUGGCCUAGGUGGCAAAGCUUCAACCUUGGGAGAUGUGUACAGCUUUGGGAUUUUACUUCUCGAGAUGUUCAUAGCAAAAAAGCCAACUGAUGAGAUGUUCAAGGAAGGAUUAAGCCUUGAAAAAUUUGCAUCGGCAAUGGAUGAGAAUCAAUUAGUGAAUGCAGUUGAUCCAAAGCCUUUUAACGAUUUUGAAUGGUCAACACAAAGCUCAAGCACUGGCUAUCCUAGUGAAGGCACUAGUGACAACUUUAAUAGUGGUCUCACGUUGCGCCAGAGCAAAUCAGAGGAGUGUGCAGCUGCAGUGAUAAGAACUGGCUUGUCUUGUGCAGCUGAAGUGGCCACAAAUCGCUUGACCAUGAGACAGGCCUCAAAACAAUUACAAGGAAUCAGGCAGACUCUGCUGGCUAUAUGAAUUUUACAAACACAUGUAAAAGUUAAAAAUUAAAACACAUAUGGCUCUGUGUUCAAUCAUUGCUGUAGUUUUUCUUGUACAACGCAUUGGCUUUUGUGUUUCGUUUGUACGUACGUUGAUAUUUCACUCGGAGCUCUAUCACUUUUCAUGAAUUCGCUAGUAAUAGCAAAUAAGUGUAAAAGCUUGCCUACUGCUACUUGGCGGCCACAUAUGAGUGCAAAGCUCAUAUAAAUGCAGAGUGAUCAGCUGAGCACGACUCAGAUUCGGAUCCGAGCAAGUGAGACAAGCAGAGAAAGGGGGAAAAAAACAAUAAACUGCAGAACACCUGACCUGAGAUUAGAAUCCAAUGAAGUUUGACUGGUCCACAACUUUGCCGUAUCUUCCAAUUAUUACGAAUCAAAAAUGAAGUUUCCGCCACUAAAACUUCCUAUUUGGAAGAGGACACAUUGACUGUCAGUUUCUUUGUUGUAAUUGAAAAGCUUGUGGGGAUCUCAUGCAAUUAUCAUGUAACCUCAAACUCUUCCACUUGGAUCACUUCCACAACAUUAAGUUCUUCGUUCGCCGUCGGCGAUCUUCGACCCAGAGGAGCUACAAAGAAAAGAAUUGGAUCUGCCUUAUUUAUAUGCAGACAUAGAUUUUGGUGCAGAAGCUGUUUUAUUUUUCAUGGGGA